AUGUCCCAACCUGACGUCUCUUACAGUCAGAGUCUGCCUCGACUGUGGUUCUUGUGGGUUCCCAUUGAACUUGACAUCCUCCAACCGAAUCACUUCGACCAUAGCUUCUUCCGGGUAUCGUCGAUCCAUAAAGAAAGGAGCUGCCACGAGAUUCUGGCAGUUAAGAUUUCUUGGUGCAAGGGAGUGACUGGCAAAGGCUUCGAAGGAUGUUCAUCUACUCUAUGCUACAUAGAUGCUGAAAACUGCAAUCUUGAGCUAGAAGGAAUAUCAUGUAUCGUCAGUGGAGGUGGGAUCGAGUACUUGAACCUCUAUGGUGUGAACUUUCAUGGAGGUGCGUUGGCAGAAAUCGGUUCAGGGUUUGCCUCGAAGCUCAACAUUCUGAACCUGGGGUUAUGCAGGACCAUAGGGGAUGAAUCAAUAAUGGCGAUAGCCAGAGGUUGCCCCUUGCUUAAGGAGUGGAACUUAUCCCUGUGUCAUGAGGUUCGGGUUCCAGGGUGGGAGGCCAUCGGGGCGAACUGCAACGAGCUAGAGAGGCUCCACGUGAAUCGGUGUCGUAAUCUCUGUGAUUUGGGAUUGCAGGGUUUGAGACAAGGAUGCAGGAGACUGCAGGUACUGUACAUUGGCCGGGCCGGCGGGAGACUCACUUCCACUGCGCUGGAAGUGUUCAAAAUGGUUAGAGGUCGAGUUGAGGUUAGACAUGAAGAGGUAAUGUGCAUUGGCCCUGACUGGACUCUAUGA